GAUUAUCGUACCUUUAUCAUGGCGACCAUACCAGCGGUGACUAGAAUAUCUUCACGGUUGAUUCGAAUUCUGGGCUGUAAUCCCAGCCCGAUGACGCUGCAAGGUACGAACACGUAUCUCAUCGGUAGUGGCAGAAGACGAAUACUUUUAGACACGGGAGAUGCGAACGUUAAAGAGUACAUUGGCCAUUUGCGGAAAGUGUUGAUCGAUGAAAGGGUGCUCAUUAACGAUAUAAUUAUUUCACACUGGCACCAUGAUCACGUCGGUGGAGUGGAUGACAUACUGGAAGUAAUCGACAAUAAAGAUACAUGCAACGUGUGGAAAUUUCCCCGAACGGACGCUCCAGAACCGGAAGUACGUAACGCUACACUGAAGGAACUAAAAGAUGGACAAAUAUUCGCAACCGAAGGAGCAACGCUGAAGGUAAUCUAUACGCCAGGACACACGACGGAUCAUGUGGUGCUGGUGUUGCAGGAAGAUAACGCACUGUUCAGUGCCGAUUGUAUCCUCGGGGAAGGUACAACCGUUUUCGAAGAUCUGUAUCUGUACAUGAAAAGUUUAGAAACGAUUUUGAAUGCCAAACCUACGGUUAUCUAUCCGGGGCAUGGUAAUAUCAUCGAUGACCCAACAGAACGAGUAACGGAAUACAUUCAUCAUCGGAAUCAUCGCGAGAAACAAAUCUUUGCCGUGUUCGAGGAGAACCCGAACAACCAGUACAACGAGAUGGAUAUUGUCCGCACGGUUUACAAGGAAACGCCCGAACAGCUUUGGGCUGCUGCAGCAUACAAUGUGAAUCAUCACCUGAAAAAGCUAACCGUUGAGGGUAAAUUGCUCGAAUGCGUUAACAGUGAGGGAGGUAACAGCUGGAAGUAUGUCCAGCCCGCUUCCCUGUGAGCUUUCCUGUAUCGUUUGCCAUAGUACGAUGGUUGUGUGGGCAAUAAACUAGCUGCGGUAGCGGAUUUUUUCGUUAGCAUAUGUUAACAA